ACACUUAUAAAGAGCUUCAAGCACUUAUAAAGAGCUUGAAGCACUUAUAAAGAGCUUGAAGCACUUAUAAAGAGCUUCAAGCAUUUUCAAAGAGCUUAAAGCACUUUCAAAGAACUUCAAGCACUCUUAUCGUGAAUUGGUAAUUCCAAGCUCUUUCAUCACAUAAAAGUGCUUAGGGCUUGCAAGCACUUUUAUCAAAACAAAGUGCUCGGUGCUUAGUGCUUCAAGCCCUUUUCAAGAGGGCUUUACCCAGCUCUGUAACUGCAUGUGCUAUAAAAGUAGGUACUACAAGAAAAAAAUGGGAUUAUUGUUAUUAUUAUCCCCUCUCUUGUUUUUGGGCCCUCAACAGGCAUGCGCCCAAUUACAGAGUGACCCGCAUAAUGCUAUUUAGUGGUGCCUCUGCAGAAGAGAUGUGCAGACUGCAGACUAAUCACUAAUGAAGCACGGAACACGUAGGUAACGUCAGAGUAGGAGUGAAGGAAUGAGUAAGACUAGGGGUUUUCCAAUUUCGUCACCUAAUUCACGAUAAGAGCUUCGUUAUGAAAGUGCUUGAAGCCCUUGAAAAGUGCUUGAAGCUCUUUAGAAGUGCUCGAAAUUGUAUGAAAGUGCUUCAAGCACUUCAAUAGGGCUUGAAGCCCCAAGAACUUUUUGCUUGGUAAUUGAAGCACUUCUUCCUGAAUUAGCUCUGCUCCAUAUUAACUUGGAGGGUUCAUAAUGACACGCAAUCGAAAGAUGAUUUUUGUCUCAUAUAACGAUAUACAAAUUAGUUCAUUUUCAGUUGUAUUUCUCAUUAUGUUAUAAAAAAUUAGGCAAUAAAUUCACUUAUAGCAAUAUCAUGUUAACCUUGGAAAUUUUCUAAAGAAUUGAUACAGACGGACUGGGACGUUCAUUAAAAUGCACGGAAAACUGCUGUAAACGGUUAUUUACUAUAAAUACUUUUCUUUCAAUAACUCUUUAAGUUAACAUGGGGAGCAACGAUCUGCAAAAAACCUUUUUCCUCAUGAUCAUUCCCUAUGUUCGGUUUUCUAUUCACCCUGUAUAUGGUUAAGGUUAAGAUAGUCAUAAAAGCUUUGUUUAUUCAUUAAUUAAACUUUAAACUAUUCUUUCCUUCUCUAAAAAUUCAACGAAGGUAAAAGCUUACCGUAAAGAAUAAAUUAUUUAUUAGUUUACACCCGUCCUUGCCUAAGUUAAUUUUUGUCAGGUUAUUAACAAAAAGUGCGCAUGCCCAUCGUGCAACGUCGCAUCGCCGCAAUCGUUAAUGGUCUGUGGCCGCAAGUACUCUGUAGCCGCUGGCGGGACAUAACAUAACCUAGCUAAUUGCGGGAGUUUGUUUACAAAAACGAAUGUGAUUUUGGCAUUAAAUAUAAAGGUAAAAUUUCUCGAUUUUAGUAAUUAAUGUCUGUCCGUAAUCUAAAACUGAAAGUAAAAUAUUUUAUGAUAAUAGCAUCAAUAAUAUGGAUAAGUUACCAGCUAGGAUUACUUACUCAUUUCAUGGAAGAAGAUUAUCUCCGAUUUACAUAUCCUUACAAUGUAAACAUAAAGAAACUAAUAUACGAACUACGUAAUAACCAAACUCCCGAAAUUCCACCUCUGAAUUCGUACAACUUCCCAUUUUUGAAAACGUGCAAGGAAAAGUGCGCGAAUAAACCGAUUAGACUCGUUUACAUUGUGAAAUCCGCAUUAGAAAACUUUGACAGUCGAUUUACAAUUAGGCAAACGUGGGGAUACGAACGGCGGUUUUCCGACGUGGAAAUUCGUACCGUUUUCGUCGUGGGCAACGGUGACGGUGAACGCUUACGGUCGAAAGUGAACGCGGAAUCUGCGAAGUACGGCGAUAUCGUUCAAGCCGACUUUAAAGAUUCGUAUUAUAAUAACACAAUUAAAACGAUGAUCAGUUUUAAGUGGGCCGUUAAUUUCUGCUCGAACUCGCGCUUUUACUUGUUUGUCGACGAUGAUUAUUAUAUCAGUACGAGAAAUGUGCUUCGUUUCAUACGUAAUCCCGCUAAUUAUCCUCGGUAUUUAAACGACGAAAUAGAUGAUUUCGAGCUCCCCGAGGACGUAAGUCUUUACGCUGGUUACGUAUUCUUUUCGUCACCUCACCGCCAUUUGUUCAGCAAAUGGUACGUUUCACUGCAAGAGUAUGCGUUUCAUAUGUGGCCACCGUACGUAACAGCCGGUGCGUAUAUUGUAUCUCUAAGUGCCUUAUUUGACAUGUAUUUUGGUAGCAUGUAUACUAAGCAUUUUCGGUUUGAUGAUGUUUAUUUAGGAAUAAUUGCCAAAAAAAUUCCGUUAGAACCGUUUCAUUGUGAACAUUUUCAUUUUUAUAAACAUAAGUAUUCUGACGACAACUAUAGGUUCACGAUUGCGUCUCAUGGAUACAAAUCGUCUUUAGAAUUGUCCCAAGUUUGGAACCAACAAAAAUCAAUUGGUAAUGCGUAAUGUAGUUUAAUAAUACAUGAAAAUACAAAUUCGAUUUGUUAUUAUUAUCAUCCCUCAGUCUUGUGGUGGUUGGCGUUGUUGUUUACCGUUCCCAGCUUAUUUGCUUCGUGUAAUGCUAAAUUUAAAAGUGUUUGCGAACUUUCGAGUAUCUAAAAUGCAAAUUAUUACCGCCACUCAUUGCAAAACUCCUUACUUUCUUAAAACCUAAUUCUGUAUCCUUGAUUGUCUGAUCGUAACUGUCACGUAACUUUUGAUGCUGUGCGAGAUUACUGUUUAGUUUACUUAAUUUUUCUUGCAGCGUCUUCAAAUUUCUUUCUAGUAUCGAUUUGUCCGUUUCCUCCUGAUGGAUCACAUCUUGUAAUUCGUUACGCCUUAUUUUGAGUUGCUCUAAACCUGGAAGAAGUGUAUGUGUGUGAUGAAGAAUUUGCCGUAAUAUGUUUUACAUUUUACUAGCUCUUGGUUGUAAGUUUGUAAUGUGGCACCGUGUUCGGACAUUUAAGAUUUUGAAUUUUAAAAAGAUCUUGAAUUGCUGAAAUGUUUGUAUUUUACUUUGGUUAUUGCCAUGGUUUAGCGCUCAGUACAAACGGUCUACUAGUUCAUUGUAGGUCAGUUGUACCGAAUACGCAAGAUGAACUACGAACUGACUGGAACCAGUGUUGCCCGAUUUUUUUAAACAUUGUAUUAGCCUUCGAUUGCUCCGAAUACCAGUGUUGAAUAAAAAACAUCAAUAUAUAGAGCUUUUCUAACCCGUGUGGUGUCUCGUGCCCUUUUUAGUGCAACAUGAAACAAAUUGUUUUCUGGACAUGCUGUAUAUAGAUCACUUGGUAUUUUAUUAGCGCACAGUUGGCAGCAUCGCGAGCGAUUGGUAACUUGUAAUAAUUUAAUCAAUCGUCCAUUUGUGAACAAUCGUUCUCUGUACAGUGUGCUUGUUCUCAAGUUGAGCUAAGGCCAAAAGGCAACUUGCACUAAAUUAAGUAAAAAC